UAUGCUUAUAUAUUUUAUAUAUGAAGCAUAUAUUUUAAAUAUGAUUAAUUAAAUGUCUACACAAUCCAACAAUGUUGAAUCAUGGGAUUCUCUCGAAAUUGCUAGAAUCUUUCUAGCAACAUUUCAAAUGUCUGAAGAGUUAGAGAGUAGUCUACAAGGAAAAAUUAAAAAUCCACCAGCUUCAAAACAGUUCUUGGCUAAUCUUUCUACUGUUUGUCGCAAGUCUGAAAGUUGUCCUAUUUGCUUAAAGGUAUUUGAAGAAAAAAGUUUAGUUAAAGAACUUCCUAAAUGUAAGCAUAGUUUUCAUGCAACAUGCAUUUUACCAUGGCUGUACAAAACAAAUACGUGUCCUAUGUGUCGAUAUGAAUAUCCUACAGAUGAUUUUGAGUAUGAAGAAAAGAGGCGUCUAAAAGAAAAAGAAUCACAACGAGAAGAAAUGCUUGAAGAGUUACAUAAUUCUAUGUUUUCAUAAUGCAAAUUUAAAUUAAAAAAUAAAUGCUUUCAAUUAAAAAAA